AUGCUCCUUUUGGUGUUCACAACUCUCGUUGCAAUCAGUGAAUCGUUUGGUUCACAAUGCCCGAAUGGAGGUCAGAUGGUUGCGACUGGAUGCACUAAGUCCUCACAAUGUGCACGUUACACCGGUGAACCGGUAUCGUGCGUGAAUGGUGCAUGCUGCACUGCACCACCUCGUUGUGGUAACGGUGGUUUUGUGGUAGCACUUGGUUGCACAACCUCUAGCGAGUGCGUGCCCUAUACAACGCAGCCAGUAACGUGUUUGAGUGGAACGUGUUGCACUGUGCCGUCAACUUGUCCAAACGACGGCAAAGCAGUGGCCAUCGGAUGCACGACUUCAGCGCAGUGCAUUUCCUACUCAUCCAGACCAGUCACCUGUCUCAAUUCAACUUGUUGCACAGUUCGGUCGUCUCCAACGUGCACUGAUGGAAGCAGACCGGUUGCCCAGGGCUGCACCAAUUCCAAGCAGUGCACUGCUUAUACGAAUAAGCCAGUCGAAUGCACAAAUGCAUUAUGCUGUACAGUUCCUAAUCCGUGCACUAACGGUGGUGAGGCAGUAGCAACAGGAUGUAGCUGUGCCCUUCAGUGUGCAUCGUUCACCCAACAACCCGUAACAUGCUUAGACUCAACUUGUUGUACUGUACCAUCGUCAUGCAGUAAUGGCGGUAAAGCUAUCGCUGUUGGAUGCUCUACUUCUCAGCAAUGUGUUUCGUACACAAACGACCCUGUCGCCUGUCUAAAAGGAACGUGCUGUACGAUUCCUGAGAAAUGUUCAAAUGAAGGCACCGUUGUUGGCGUGGGAUGUACGAAUGCAGCUGAAUGUGCUUCAUUCGCUAAUGGAUAUCCAGCAACAUGUCUCGGCGGACUUUGCUGCACAGCUUCAGCGGAACACUCUAAGUAA